GAAAUGUCCAGAGAUCACACUCGCGUGUUCUUGACGUUGGGUGUUAUGCAAUGCUUGCAGAGGAGUGGGAAGAUAGUGAGCAUCAUAGCACAUUUCACAUAUUCAUAAGUAACAAUAACUGGUCCUUACACGGCACACUUCUGGAAGGUUGUGGAAAUAUUCAAAUUGUUUCCAUUGUUCCUGAUUACUGUUAAGUGUCUCUCUUGGGCAGAAAAGGUAUCCUUAAAUGCCCCCUGACCUCCCCCAAUGUUCUGUACCCAUAUGGAAUACAAAUGACGUGUGUACAGUUUAUUGGCUUGUCGCAUGUUAAUCUCCUCAAAAUCUUAAUAAAAGGACAGAGUGAAGCGCGAGAGUUAUUUGGCAUAAAGAGAGAUCUCUGUCGGAUUACCAGGGAAGAUGCACAAGAAGUGUUGUCACAAAACAGAGGCAUGAAUAUGGACAUAGCCAAACCUGAAGCAAAGACUGGCGGCAAAGCCCCUCUUAGAGCAACGGCUCCUGGUUCGCCACGAAAGGGCCCACCCAAGUUCAAGCAGAGAAACACUCGUCAAUUCAAGAGCAAGCCCCCGAAGAGGGGAGUCAUUGGCUUUGGAGAGGAGAUUCCAGGAAUGGAGGGACUUGGCACUGAUAUCACAGUGAUCUGCCCCUGGGAAGCGUACAGCCAUUUAGAGCUACAUGAACUUGCUCAGUACGGCAUCAUUUGAAUCUCUUCACUGUUAAACAGCUUCUUUUUUUUUUUUUUUUACUAAAAAGAGGAUGUAAUUCAAAAUGAUAUCCAGAGAUUAUUUUAAGCAUUCAUGAAUAUGGAUCACUACUGUAUGGCAAACAUAAAGCUAGAAAUAUGUUAGGAUUUUAUGUAAUACAUGUCUGCAUAUUGUGUAUGCUGUUUUUUUGUAUGAUAAAUGUAUUUCCUGAGACUCUCAAGCUGCCAUUUUCACGCUCUAAAACGCCGUUGCUAUUCUUGUGUCAUUGCCUGUGGCUGCAGAUGGAAAUGCAGCUGAUAGCUUAGUUACUGGCCAGCAGGAGAUUCUGUCAGCACUGUGUUUUUAUACUCAAAAUAAAGCUUUGACUUUUUAACAUGA